AUGCCAUUUCCCUUCGUGCUGCCUACAACCUCGGCCUUCUCCUUCUCGUCAAGCUUCAGCUGCGACUCGCACCCCUCCCUGCCCCUCAAUGCCAGCACCUAUCGCGGGGUAGUGCGCGACACACUCAAGAAGCACAAGCGCCUCCCUCCACAGUCCCAGGCGCCCAAUCUCUCCACUCUGGUCCAGAGCGUCAACAGCUACCUCCCGUAUCUGUUCGCCGUCGAUGCUGGCCUCAACCGCCUGACUAUCCAUGGCGAGGACAUCAGUGUUCGCCUCAAAGCCCCGCUGAAGCUCGAAUGGCGGCCCGCCCUCUCUGCAGCUAUACCCGGUAAGGAGAACGCGCGGGUCAAGCUCCAGACGCUCGAGCAUGAGGUCUUCUUCGCGCUCAGCACGCUCGCCAAUGCGCACACGCUCAUGGCCCGGGUGGCCCUGCAGCCGCUGUACCUGACCACCACAGCCCCGAUCGGGAGCACAGAGAGGCAGACUGCCAUCGCCGGCGCGACUAGGCACCUACUCGAUGCGGCCUCCGUGUAUGACUACCUGGCCACGCGCGCCGACCACCUCGGCCCCGGCACCCCCCCGGUGCCGGCACCAGACAUCGCGGCAGCGACGCUUCGGGGCCAGAGCGCACUCGCUCUUGCGGAAGCCACCCUGCUGGCCGUGCUCAAAGACGACCCCUAUCCGGCGGUAGUGGCGCAGGACCGCAACUCCAAUGACCGCGAGUGGAUGUACAAGGCGCCCGACAUCCCCAAGGUGCGGGCGCAUCUGUUCGCGCGCCUAUGUCUCGCUGCAUCAGAGCAUGCCGCAAAGGCACACUCGCUAUGCGCCACUGCGGCGGCUGGCAGGCAACGGCUUAAUGACGGGUUCGUGCGCUAUCUGGAGGAUCUGCGGCGAACAAGCCGCGCCAAGGCGUGCCGGUUCUUUGGCAUUGACGCAGAAUUGGGUGGGCAGACAGGCGCUGCCAUCGGCUGGCUGCAUGCUGGACUUCAGGAGCUAGGGGUCGAAGUGCGGGCAGAAGGUAAGAAGAGCUCCGGCUUUAGUCGCUUCAAGAAAGAGUGGUCAGAGAAGAGGGAAGACAAGAAGGUGGAAAAGGGGGCGAGCUGGGGCGCUGAUGGCGGCAAGAUGGAGGAGACACGGGUCAUCGAGUUUCUCGAGGCGAAAUGGACCAAGCAAAAUGAUACGGAGUGA